CUGUGCUGAUUUUAUUUUAAUUUACUUUUAGGAACGAUAAACUCGCCAUUCUGUCAAUGAAUAAAAACAUUGAUAUUUCACGGGUAUCAUACCAUUUUUUUACUGUUAUGUUUUCAAUGACAAUAAUCAAAUAGGUUUUCAUCAGUUGUUUAUUUGGGGUUUUUUGGCUGCUACGUUUUUCUGACUUUGAUAAGCAAGCGUGAGGACGGCGCAAAAGAAGAGGAAUUUAAAGGGGAAGCACGGGAGCGGUCUCACUGGGGUCCACGCUCAUAUUCUGCUGUCUGUCACAUAAAGCACCGCUAUUGUCAGCACUCGCCGUGGACUACUAUUUCAUUGGGAAUCUCUAACUGUUAAAACCGGAGGAAUAUUUCUCUAUAUGUAUCGAUACAUACUAUAUUUGCAUAUAUAAAAUAUCCAUAAAGACAAUCAGACAUUUCCGUUUACACACUGUAUCUCAAAAUAACUUGAAAAUGAGACUCGUACCGUCAAGAAUAAGUUACCUUUUACUCCAUUUCCUCGCCUUAUGUUUCCAGGCUCAGGUAACCAUUCAGUCCUCGCCUAAUUUUACACAGCAUGUGAGGGAGCAGAGCCAGGUGACGGACCAGGUGAGCCGUAGACUAAUUCGGACAUACCAGCUGUACAGCCGGACGAGUGGCAAGCACGUACAGGUCCUGGGCAACAAGAAAAUCAACGCCAUGGCAGAAGAUGGAGACGUUCACGCCAAACUCAUAGUGGAGACGGACACGUUUGGAAGCCGGGUUCGACUCAAAGGCGCAGAAACUGGAUUCUACAUCUGUAUGAACAAAAGGGGGAAGCUAAUUGGAAAGAUAAGUGGCAAAGGGAAGGAUUGUGUUUUCACUGAGAUCGUCCUGGAGAACAACUACACCGCCCUGCAGAAUGCCAAGUACCAGGGCUGGUACAUGGCCUUCACCCGCAAAGGACGUCCCAGGAAGGGCUCCAAGACCCGGCAGCACCAGCGGGAGGUUCACUUCAUGAAGAGGCUGCCCAAGGGCCACCAGGCUGCCGAGCAACACAGACACUUUGAGUUCAUCAACUACCCCUUCAACAGAAGGACUAAACGCACCCGUGACUCAGCCUCGCGGUAGAGCAGAAACAAGUAAUAAUAAUAUUAAGUGGACUCCUUGUAGAGACUUGUUAUCAUUUUUCUAACAAAACAAAAACAGAUAUCUACUGGUUGUUUAUAAUUUUUCAAAGAAAAAAGGAAAAAAAAGAAAUAAUAUGCUCUAUUUUUGUACUCCAGCUUAAAAAUUGUGUUUGUUUGUUUGUUAGGUUUUAUUUUUAUUUUUUUCAAUUAAAUAGACUGGUAAAGUGAAGCACAUUCUUCAUCAUGACAUGCAAUCUAUACAUAUACAUUUCUGUAUGUAUAUAGAUGUUGUGUGAUUCAGGUGUGCAUUGACUUGUUUAAACUGGUUUCUGCACCACAUCUGCUGCUCAUGGAGAUUCAGAGGUCCAGAGAGAGGACUGAAGACAGAAGGCCAUUUUAUUUUUGUAUAUAUAUGUUUACUAGUUUCUUAUAGAAAUGCUUAUGUUUGAAGCCUCAUCGAUUAGCCUCGUGUUCAGAAGCACCGCUCGGGGACAACUCUCAAGGACAUCUGACGAUCCAGAAUAUUUCAAUGUUUUUUUUUAUUUUCAAACAGAAGCACAGAAGAUGUCUACAUCAGAACAUAUCAUGAACUACUUUCUUUUUAAUUGUUCUGUAGACAAAAAAAUAUUAACUAAACAAUACCAGUGGCAGCUACUUUUGAAUACUCUUGAGCUUCCACCUCUGGUUUAAGGUUAUUUGUUCGGUUUAAAAAAACACACACACUGUUUCCAAGUCAGAAAAUGCUUUUCUUUAUAUAUUUUUUUUUUGAGGAUUUGUGUACAAAUUAAUUUUAAUGAUGGAAAUAUUUAUUUAAAAAAUGUCUAUUAAAUUUGCAUUAGAAUAA